AUCAAAUAAACCUAAAAAAAACAUUACAAAACCUAAGACGAGCCUUGAACAUCCACACUUCGGGACGUCUCUUAGUGUGUGCUGCCGAGGAGUGUGAGUGCCCGGCCUGAGGUGUUAUUUUGACCUUUAUUACCCCGCCGGGAGAGUGUUGGGGCAAGAUGGCUGAAGAAGGGAAGCAGAUGCCGCGGCUCAACCUGCAGCGCGACUCCCCGCAGCUCAGCAAGGCCCAGCUGGACUACAUGAAGAUGGUCGAGUUACAAAACGCUGAGCGGGUGCGAAAGUUAGCGCUGCAGAGGAAGAACAACAUCGUGGUGGGCUCCCUGCUGGGCCUCGGCGUGCUGGGCAUCUACACUUACUCCAUCUACUCUGUCAAGCAGGAGAAGUUUCUUGAUGAGUUGGAGUAGUGGCAGCAGUAGCAGGAGUUGGCACUCCACGCCCGUUGCUGUCCCCUUCCUCUUCCCUUCCUUCUGGUGUUCAUCUACAUUCACUCUCUUGCUCAUAGUCCUUACUCUCUUCCUUCUUCCUCCCAGUAUUCAUCGUCACCCUCAUGGAGAUUUUUUUGCUUAUUCCUUUCACACAGUUUUUUCUUAUCUCUCUCAUUUGGUCAUCAUCUUCAUUGGUUAUUUUUGCUCCUUUUUCUCUUCAUCAUCAUACUUCAGUCUCUUUCUCUCUUCCAACGGCCUCCUCCUUGUCUCCCCAGCCAAGGUAUGACAAGCCACUCGUCUCACUAAGGGAGUAGAGGUGUUUUUGUAGCCAUCGACACUCUAUGUUUGACUAGUUUGCGAUAAUUUACAAAAAAAGUAGGUAUCAUUUAUUUCUCUUCAUUCAUGUUUGAUGACUGGGCUGUAUGGGCAUUGAGUUUUCAAUCACAUAGUAUAUAGUCCCUUCAUUGUAUUUUGGCUGGGAGUGUGAAAAAGGACCUGGAAAUGGUAUAAUGUAAAAACUCAUAGUGUCAAGGUCCCAGAUUACUCACUUGUUUAUUGGCUGUGACCUCACGGUACUGCCACAGAGCCUUUGUGAAUUAAAAUGAAUGUCUGUGCUCCUUUCUCACUGUCAGAGUGAAAGAGCUCACACAAGGCACUCACAAACUGUACAUAUUCAUGAUUUACUGAGGACACUUGGGCAGCAGUGCAGAUGGCAUAAUGGUUGUGGACACUCAGGUUGUUACUGCUCCCUCUCAGCGAGACACAAAUUUAUGAAGUAUAUAAUGAAUAAUAUUAAAGCUUUUCUGGUGUCUGACAGGCUGUAGAGUGGUUGGGGAAAGGACACGGCUGUCUGAGACUUGCAAUGAAGACACUAAUAAGUUCGUACAUAGCUACUCUUUGUUUCAUCACAACUCAAAGAAUUUUACGUCUUAAAGCUUUCUCUCUUUAUUAACGUUUAAAAAGCCCUAAAAGACAACUGAUAAGGGUCAAGGAUAGGAAUGUCUUCAAAGCAGCAAUCUCGGGUGUUGUAGCCUAUUAAAACUAUAUGGCAGUGUUAAGUAGCCUGUAGUAGAGGGAGGAUUGACAGCUCUGAGUGUCCCUUGCAGUGAUGUCCUAAUUGUAUAUACAUUUGUGAUAAUGUUGUUAUAUUGAAGAUAGGCAGAUGUUUAUUUACCUGCCCUGUGAGUUGGGCCACAGUUACACUUUUAAAAUAAGUCUUGUAUGAAUUAUUAUUUAUUGUCCAAUCUGUGAGUUUCAUCUGUCACUCCCAGAUGUGUAGUGUAUAGAAACAUGCAAAUAAUUAUUGUUUUGGUAUAA